AUGCUUCUAGCACAGCCUAGUCUUAAGAGAGAGUCUAAUGGUGUCAUAGCGUAUAUAAAUAAAGGUCAGACUGUUGUUACUGCAAUUAAGGAAAUUACUUCACUAAAUGUUACAGGUGAAAUCUAUGACAACAAACUAAGAGAUUCCUAUCUUCAAGUCAAAUGGAAAAACAUUAAAAUCUCAGAUUCAGGAAAAUAUGUUUGUGAAGCUCAUGUUCAAUAUGCAGAAGGAAAAUCUGAGAAGGUCAAUGAAAUGCUGACCAUUACAGUUCUAAGACCAACACUGGAUGACUUGGUGAAUGUAAUACAGAAAUUAAUAGCACAAGCUGAUGAAGACAAAGAAAAUUUACAAGCUAGUAAACAAAAGAUGGAAAACAUUGAGGUAGAUUUGAAUACAAAUAAUCAAAAGAUCCAAAGGAUUAGAGAAGAAGUAGAUACAAAUAAACAAAAUAUUACAAGUAUUAAAGAAGACAUAAAUACAAAUACACAAAAUGUCAAAAGUAUAAAAGUAAAUAUUGAUAGAAAUAUUACAAUGCUUAGAGAAGAGAUAUUGACAAAUAUUCAUGACAUUAAUGAAGACUUGAAUACUUGCAAGCGAAAUAUUGGAAAUAUACGAAUAGAUAUGGAUAUGUAUGCCUCGAUGCUUAAAGACAAAUUAGACAUUAAUACACGAAAUAUCAAAAACUUAGAAGUGGUUAUGGAUACAAAUAAUACUCAAAUUAAAAAAGACAUAAAUAUAAAUAUACAAACAAUCAAACAAAUUAGAGUAGAUAUGGAUACUAACAUUACUAGCUUAAAAAAAACAUUGGACACAAAUACUUUAGAUAUCCAAAACAUAAAAGUAGAUUCGGAUACUAAUAUUACAAGGCUUCAAAAAAACAUGGAUACAAAUACAGGAAAGAUUAAAAUCAUAAAAGUGGAUAUGGAUGCAAAUAUUACAAAGCUUAAAGACAAUUUGGAGACAUACAAACAAAUGAUAAACAAUGUUCAAGAGAAUCUGAGGGCAAUGCUGUCUAACUAUUCAAGUGAUCUAGAAGAGUUAAAAAAACAAAUUCUUGAAGCCCGAGUAAUUGAAACUUUAGCUUCCGGGUUAAAGGUCAUGUGUGACACCAAGACAGACGGCGGUGGAUGGAUCAUCUUUCAAAGAAGAAUCAACGGAAAAGUAGAUUUCUAUAGAGGCUGGAAGGAGUAUCGUGACGGCUUUGGAGAUUACAACAUUGGGGAAUUUUAUCUGGGAAAUGAAAAUAUUUUUAACUUAACUUCUACUGGACAAUAUGAUUUAAGAAUAGAUUUAGAAUUUAACAACAAGACAUACUUUGCGCAGUACGAAAACUUUAAAAUAUUAAGUGAGACUGAGAAAUAUAAACUACAGAUAGGAAAAUAUUCAGGAAAUGCUGGUGAUAGUUUAUCAGAUCAUAAGAACAUGUUCUUUAGUACUUUUGAUAGAGAUAAUGACAUAGACAGUAGAAACUGUGCAGUAGAAAGAUCAGGCGCCUGGUGGUACAAUCAUUGCACUUCUUCCAAUCUAAACGGGAAAUGGGAAAAUGAUACGCAUGCUAAAAGACUGCACUGGUAUAGUCUACCUGGAUCUCACAGAAUUUCAUUAAGCGAGAUGAAAAUAAGAGAAAGAAAAUAAAACUCACAUUUUAAUAAAUGCCUA